AAUGGCUGUUCCACCUGCUUAUGCUGAUCUGGGCAAAUCCGCCAGAGAUAUUUUCACCAAGGGAUAUGGUUUUGGGUUAAUAAAGCUUGAUUUGAAAACGAGAUCUGAAAAUGGACUGGAAUUUACAAGCUCAGGUUCAGCAAACUCAGAAACAAGCAAAGUUAGUGGUAGUUUGGAAACAAAAUACAAAUGGGUGGAAUAUGGAUUGAUGUUCACAGAAAAGUGGAACACCGACAACACGCUAGGCACUGAGAUUACUCUUGAAGAUCAGCUUGCACGUGGCCUGAAGCUGACCUUCGACUCCACCUUCUCUCCUAACACUGGGAAAAAGAGUGCGAAAGUGAGGUCAGGGUACAAAAGGGAACACAUCAACAUUGGCUGUGACAUGGAUUUUGACAUUGCUGGACCUUCAAUACGUGGAGCCCUGGUGCUUGGCUACGAGGGGUGGCUGGCAGGUUACCAAAUGACUUUUGAGACAACAAAGUCUAGAGUAACCCAGAGCAACUUUGCUGUUGGCUAUAAGACUGAUGAAUUCCAGCUUCAUACUAAUGUGAAUGAUGGAACGGAAUUUGGUGGCUCCAUUUACCAGAAGGUGAAUGAUAAACUGGAAACUGCUGUGAAUCUUGCUUGGACAGCUGGAAACAGCAACACUCGCUUUGGAAUAGCAGCCAAGUAUCAGAUUGACCCAGAUGCCUCUUUUUCUGCUAAAGUGAACAACUCCAGUCUGAUCGGGUUAGGAUACACUCAGACUUUAAAGCCAGGUAUCAAACUGACAUUGUCAGCUUUGUUGGAUGGCAAGAAUGUCAACGCAGGUGGACACAAGCUUGGUCUAGGACUGGAAUUUGAAGCCUAAGGAGUGAUUUCACAAUGGCUAAUCUGAAAAUACAGCAUAGCUACCUUCAGAAUAUAGUGUACCUUCAAUGUUUUGUCUGGGGUGCAAGUAUUGCUACGUAUCAGUCCUGCUAGUCCUGGGUAAAGACAGCUAAGCUUUAAAAAUGAUGUUGUUAAAGAAGUGGAGACAAAAGCAUUAAAAAAAAAUCCUAAUUCCAGGCUUUAUUUUUUUAAAUGUAAUUGCUCAUCACAUCUGUCAGCUGCCACAUGAUAAGAAGUAGGAAGGUGUUGAUUACCUCUACUAACGUAUCGAUCGCACAAGGAAUGUGUUAAUGCGGUACAAAACCUGAGAUGGUAAGAAUUACAAACCACUGUGUUGUACUGUUAAUUCCAUAAGCAAAGUGUUCCAGCACUUGAGGUUUCGAUUGACGAGGGAAUGUGCAAACUUGUCUGAAAAAGGGAUUAUAAUGCUUUAUUAUUUUUUUUUUGGUUAUGUAUUUCAUGAAUGGUUUGUCUUACUUGGUUACCCCAUGCCUCCAGCUGUCUCCAGAGUGCUUUAGGUUGUCCACGUUGUCCAAGUCCGUUGCGGAGGAGGUUUGAUGUGACUCAGCCAAUACUGCCUGUCCUGUGUUGUGGUUCCUUUCCCUUGCACUGACCAGAAAUCUUGUCAAAUGGACAUAAUCAGGGAAGAGUCUUUGCAACUGCAAUCACAUAGUUGCAUCACUAAAUCUAAAAUGGAGUUUUGUUUUAUUACCACUUUUUUUUAGCAACUAAAUGGGUACAUUUUUAGAGAGUCUUCCAUUUUGUGUGGAACUAGACCCCAAAAUGCUGUACUUGACACUACUAAAAAUGGAUAAAAAACCCAAACCUGACUUGAAUAAAAUACUGAAAUGUCA